AUGAACUCACAACAACAACAACUCAAUGAUCGCAGUGUUGGUGUAAAUGACACUGGUGGUGAUGCUGUUGUUCACCAUUCAUCAUCAUCAUCUGACCAUGAUGACUCUGACGACUAUGAAGUAUACAGUGACACAACCAGCAAUCAUAAUCAUGACAUUGAAAGUCCACCAAUAAUCAAUAAUAACAACAACAGCUUUAUUCCAAGGGGAAGCACAAUGGUCACCAAUGAAUAUGGUGACAUUCAAAUUCAUGUACCACCUCACGUACCCAACAGCUUCAUAACGCCAGUGUCAACCAAUCCAUACGGUACCAACCAUGGCCAUGGCCUCUUGAACUACCACAACAACAACCAUCACUUGUCCGGAACACCCUCCUCAUUUGCCAACGAUAUGACACCAACAGCGUUUCAUCAUCAACAACUAAGUCGUCAAGGAUCAAUGGGUCUGGGUGCCUCAUCCGUGCAUCACCACCAUCCAUCUACUGAUCCAGCAGCACCAACUGACCACGAUCCAGCGGCACCAGCGGCGAUAGUGAUUGAAGAUCCAAAGAAGGAAGAGAGAAGAAAGAAGAAGAAACAAGCUAUAGAUGAAGCACAGUCCGUGCCAUUUAUGCAGUUGUUCCGUUUCUCGGACGGUUACGACAAGGCGCUGAUGUUGCUUGGCACCCUCGCCGCGAUGGCCAAUGGUGCGGCACUUCCAUGUGUUACAAUCAUCUUUGGACACCUGAUCGAUGCAUUCAAUCCCCAAAAGUUCAACGAUGAUCCAACCUACAGCAUCCAAGGUGCAAUCACAGAGAUCAGCAUAUGGUUCCUCUAUCUUGGUGGAAUGAUCCUGGUGUUGUCCUAUCUCGAGACCACAUUAUGGACGUUGGCCGGUGAACGACAAAUCAAUAGAGCACGUGUGGAGUAUCUAUCUUCCAUCCUCCGUCAAGAGAUCGGUUGGUUUGAUACCAACAAGGCAAAUGAGCUAGCUUCAAGAAUCAAUUCUGAUACUAUCCUAUUCCAAGAUGCUAUUGGUGAAAAGGUCGGACAUUUCAUUCACCAUCUGACAACAUUCUUCACGGGCUUUGCCAUUGGAUUCACCAAUGGAUGGCAGUUGACUCUAGUAAUCCUAAGUGUAUCACCAUUGUUGGCAAUUGGCGGUGGAUUUAUGGCAAAGAUGAUGACAGAGAUGACAAAGAAAGGUCAAGAAGCCUACUCUAUUGCUGGUGGCAUUGCAGAGGAGAGCAUCAGCAGCAUCAGGACCGUUGUAACAUUCAGUGGCGAGUCCAAGGUUGCUCAAAGAUACUCUGACUCCCUGAAAGAGGCCAGGUCCGUUGGAUACAAACGAGCACUGUUUAAUGGCAUCGGUCUUGGCUUUGUUCAGUUCGUCAUUCUGAGCACCUACGCACUUGCCUUCUGGUACGGUAGCACGUUGGUCUCAAAGAAAACCACCAACAACUUGACCGAUCGACCCUGGACCGGUGGUGAUGUCGUUACAGUCUUCUUUGGAGUGAUCAUUGGCGCCACAGCCAUUGGUCAAGCGUCGCCACUGUUGUCAUCAUUCUCCAACGGUCGAGGAGCAGCCUACAAGAUCUUCCAGGUGAUCGACAGAGUGAGCAAAGCAAACCCUUUCUCAACUCGUGGCAAGAGACUGGAUCACCUCACUGGUGAGAUCGAGUUUAGGAACGUCUCAUUCGCCUAUCCCUCCAGACCUGAUGCACCCGUCUUCCAAGACUUCAAUCUGGCCAUUAAGCCCGGUCAGACCAUUGGACUCGUUGGUGACAGUGGCGGUGGAAAGUCGACAGUGAUCUCACUGCUCGAGAGGUUCUACGACCCACUCGGUGGCCAGAUACUGAUCGACGGUGAAGACAUAAAGAAGCUCAACGUUAGGUCACUGCGAUCAAAGAUCGGUCUGGUCAGUCAGGAGCCUGUCCUGUUUGCAACCUCUAUCGCCGAGAACAUUCGCUAUGGUAAAGAGGAUGCCACCCAGGAGGAGAUAGAGGCCGCUGCAAGACAAGCCAAUGCACACUCAUUCAUCGUUAAUCUACCACAGGGAUACAACACCAUGGUGGGAGAGAAAGGUGUUCAGAUGUCUGGUGGACAGAAGCAGAGGAUUGCCAUUGCUCGAGCCAUCAUCAAGAAUCCAAACAUCCUACUAUUGGACGAGGCCACCAGUGCACUGGACAGUGAGAACGAGAGGAUAGUUCAAGAGGCAAUUGACAUACUCAUGAAGGGAAGGACAUCAAUCCUCAUCGCGCACAGACUGUCCACUAUUAGACAUGCCGAUGUGAUAGUCUACGUCAAGGGUGGCCAGGUAGUAGAGCGUGGCAGUCACGAGGAACUCAUCAGACUUCAGGGACACUACUACGGUCUUGUCGAGAGACAGAGUCAACAACAACAACUGAUGACAGAGUCCAGCAAGGUAAAGAGAAACAGUACUCUCACUGACAUUCACCCAUAUCUCGAGAGCUUCAGAGUGUCAAAGAGGAACGUACAUGCCAGGGACAGACAACGCGACCGUACCACCAAAACUAAGAAGAAGACCAAGAAGCAAAAGAAGGAUGUCCCAUUCUCACGAGUGCUCAAGCAAAGCAGUGAUGACAUGUGGCUAUUCCUCUUUGGCUUCCUGUCGGCCGUAGGCACUGGUGCCAUCUAUCCAGUCUUCUCCAUUGUGUUUGCCCGCAUGUUGACCAUCCUGCAGAACCCUGAUCCCAACUACAUCACCACACAGGCCGACUUCUUCUCGAUCAUGUUCACAGUCCUGGCCAUUGGCAGUGCCGUCAGCAACUUCUUCCAAACAUUCCUAUUUGGAGUGAUUGGUGAGAAGCUUACCUACAAGUUGCGCAGUGAGAGCUUCAAGACCAUCAUCAGACAGAACAUUGGUUGGUUCGACCUGUCCGAGCACUCAACUGGCAAGCUUACUACCCAUCUGGCAAGCGACGCGUCGUUGGUCCAAGGAAUGACAAGCCAGCGUUUGGGUAUCAUGCUUCAGAACUUCCUCACCAUCAUUGGUGGUUUGAUCAUUGCCCUGUACUCUGGAUGGAAGCUCACACUCGUCAUCAUUGCCACCGUGCCGUUGAUCGUCAUCACUGGCAAGCUGCAGAUGAAGUUCUUGAAGGGUUUCAGCUCAGACGAUGGUGAUGGAACUGGCGCCGCUGGACAGGUUGCAAGCGAAGCAAUCACUGGUAUCAGAACGGUUGCGUCGUUCACAACAGAGAACCAAGUGUUGGACCUGUACAAGAAGCAACUAAAGAUCCCCAUUGCCAAGGGCCAGAAGAAGGCACACAUAGCCGGUAUAUCAUUUGGCGUCUCCAACUUCAUCCUCUACGGUGUCUACUGUCUGUCCUUCUGGUAUGGCUCUGUACUUGUUGGACAGAGAGAAUGGCCGGCAUCAGCACAAGAAGUGUCGGACAACUGUAACGCCCAAACAAUACCCGCAGUGUGGAAGGACAUGGAGACAUGUACGCGAGCCAUCGACAUGUUGUCUGGAUUCUCACAGUUGAUCAGAGUGUUCUUUGCCAUUGUGCUGUCGGCCAUUGGUGUAGGUCAGACAUCAUCAUUCGCUCCUGAUCUGGCCAAGGCACAAGUGGCGGCCAAUGAAAUAUUCCACCUCCUUGACCAGCAGUCGUCCAUUGAUGGAACCAACCCCGCCGGUGACACCAUACCCAUCGUCACUGGAGACAUUGUAAUGAAGAACAUCGACUUUGCCUAUCCUUCAAGACCGAACCAGAUGGUGUUCCAAGGUUUCAAUCUCAACAUUCAGAGCGGAACGAGGAUCGCAUUGGUUGGUGACAGCGGAGGUGGCAAGUCCACUGUUAUCUCAUUGCUGGAACGAUUCUACGAUCCGCUGCAGGGCGAGAUAUUCAUCGACGGCUACGACAUACGACAGCUCAACAUCAAGCACCUGCGAUCAUUGUUUGGUUUGGUCGGACAGGAGCCAGUGCUGUUCUCUGGCACCAUUGCAGAGAACAUUGCCUAUGGUCACUCGGAGGCGACACAGGAAGAGAUCGAGAGAGCGGCACGCUCUGCCAACGCCCACGACUUUAUCAUCAACUUCCCCGACAGGUACAACACACAGAUUGGUGAUAAGUUCACACAGUUGUCGGGUGGACAGAAGCAGCGUAUCGCUAUUGCCAGAGCCAUACUUCGCAAUCCAAAGAUACUUCUGUUGGAUGAGGCAACCAGUGCACUCGAUGCCGAGUCUGAGAAGCUGGUCCAGGAUGCUUUGGAGAACAUUAUGAAGGGAAGGACGACUCUGAUCAUUGCGCACAGACUCACGACCAUACAGAAUGCUGAUUGCAUUGCCUUUGUCAGGUCUGGUAAAAUAUUCGAGAAGGGAACGCAUCAAGAGUUGUUGGAGAAAGGUGUUCAUUACUCCCAGCUCAUUUCAAGACAACUGUCGUAG